GACAGAUCAUCUGCAACUACAAUUACGUGCCCUAUUGAUCAAAUCAAACGCAAAAUGAUAAUAUUACGUUUGCCUGGAAGAGAGAAAACAUAUGGAAUAUCUCUAUUACAUUAAUUUAACACAGGGCGAGUGUCACAAGGUGUAAUGCGCAAGCUUAUUUUCACGAAUAAUAUAUGUAUAAAUAUACAUAUAUAUUAUAUAUGUAUAAUACAUAUAUCAAUAUUAUUCGUUUGAGUAUGGGAAGACCGUCAAUCAAUUGCCGACACUGGAAUUAUUUUUGACGAGGACGUUUCUGAUGUGUCUCGAUAUUUAAAUAACGCGCGUGACUGUGGCGACAUGUCGAUAGUGGCGACUUGUUGACUAUCGUCGUUCCGGCACGUGUUGUGUACAGCGUCCUAAAAGCCUAGAAGUGCCUGGAUUUUUCUUUCACGAAAAUUGCAAUCAUUUGAAAAAGCUGGAAUUUUUUUGUAAGUGGUUCAUUAAAAUUAUUACGAAAGCAAGCUGUUUUGAACUUUACGAAGUGAGAAGUGAUCAAAAGUGUACAAAACACAAAACGUGCUGCGCAAAUACCGAACGGCUCGCUGAACGUGUUAUCCCACGUGCUAACCUUACAUUGCAUCGCUUAUCAUUUUUUAUAACAGCUACCUGUGCCAUCGACUAUUCUUCAAUCCCUCUUCGUAUUUUAAGCAUAUAAUGGGAGAUGAUAAAGAGGCAGAAGAGGCCAUCAAGGCUUUUCAAUUAGUCGAAUUCGAUCCACCUAAUAGAAAACAAAAACGAGGCACGAUAGAAUGCGUACCAUCGACUUGGAUUUCCUAUAACCCAUCGACUGGCAGAUGCCAAUGCAAAUUCAUGCCACCUCCGUAUUCAGUAGAGGACUCUGAACUUUUGUGUUGGCUCGUCAAAGAACAAAGCCCUCUACAAGAAUCUUGGCCUGUCUACCCAAUAACACUCAAGGGACAUGCGACAACUUAUGAUGAUGCAAUGAAACGUCUCAAAGUAUUAGCAGACAAGAAAUUUGUAUACACAGAGGAUGGAACGUUACCAGAAAAAAAAUCAGAGGCAGCUAAAAAAGCAUAUCAGAGAAUCAAAGUCAAAGGCGAUAAAGCAAUUGCUGAAAAGUUGAUGCAAGUGCAACCCAUUAACACCUCCAGGAAUGACGAUUAUGCAUCAAAUGUAGACUCAUCCUUUGAAACAUCUGACCCAAUUCCUUGUAUUAACAGCAUCAAGGCCAAGAAAAAAAAUACAAAACUUAAAAAUAUGACAGAAACUGACAAUGAGUCAACAGCUGAUGAAAACAGCAAUGUGAUCAAACCCAGAAAAAAACCGAAGCAAAAAUCAAAACAAGAACAUGCUUCCUCUACCGGCAAAAACCACGUUCAAGAAAUUGAACGAAAACUGAGCAAAAGAUCAUCACGUGAAGUGUCAAAAUCCACAAAAAAUGUGCCUAAAGAAAAUAGCUCUGAACUGAAUCAGAGAGAUUGUGAUAUCCUUAGCGGACUGAGAUACGAUGUUCAAAUGCUAACCAAAGCCAUCGACAAACUCAAGGCCAUCGUUGAAAAAUCGGCCUUAGCGAUGGAUGCUCAUGGGGCAAAUGUCCAAAGUUUUACGACACAAUAUGAUCUGAACCUGCCUGUAACGACUUUGAAGGACUUUGACGCAUUCGACGAGAAAUUAAAAGCUGACAAAAAAUUUCGUAAAGAAUUCACUAGUACAUUGCAUUUCGUUUUCGACCACAAUGCAACCUUACCAAAAAAUGUGACGGCAUUAUUGAAAAAAAAUAUUUCACGGGAUGUGGCCUUGAAUUUCAACGCAGUGAAGGCUGGCAUGGAUAAACGCAUUUUCAAAGAGACACAACUUUGUGGAAUAUUGCUGGAUGUGCUUUUGUUGAAAUACAAAGAGGGAGCGCAGGGAUCAAUGACACAUGUAACUGAAAAGAGUGUUUAUCGAGAACUCGGUAACUGCCUGAGUAAUGCCGUCGAUUGGGAUGGGCAUCGUAAAUCUCGACUAAAGAAAAAAGCUGCAAAGAGUACUACAAUCGCUGCAGUCCAAUCAGUUUGUGUCAAUGUACAUUGCAGCGGCACCAGCAUGGAAUCGUUGUCUCGUAAAUCCACAGACAAAUCUUCUUAGUAACGUAUUCGAAAACUUCCCAAAAUAGUUGUGUACUUUUGUGCUUACUGAUUAAAAAAAAAGUAUUAAAAAAAAAGUCAUUAUUUACGUACUUUUCUACUCACUGAUGGGUUUGAAAAAUAAAAAAAAUAUGUGUUACUUACGUAUUUUCUAUUUAGUGAUGUAUUAAAAAAAAAAGAAAUUCACUACUAACAUAUUUUUCACUUACAUGUUUAAAAAAAAAAAUCCUACGUACUUUACUGCUGACUGAUAUGAUGUAUUGAAGAAAAUAAUAAUAUAAUAAUAUA